CCUUUCCCUUAUGUGUCCGAUGUAUUGACACUUGAUUAUUUUACCGCCAAACCAACCGAUUAAAAUUCUCACAAGUCAGAUACAGAAAAUUCCGUCGACAAAUUUCCAUGAUCCAAAUUCGUACAUUCCGUUGGCAAUUCAUAAACCUUAUUCUCUCAAUUGUAAAACACAAAAAACGGAUUUUUUUAAGAGUUAUUGGAAUGUAUUCGCUGCUGCCGUUGAUGUACCGAAGGCAUAGUUCCCAGCUGAGGGUCCUUCAGUGGACGAUCCAGUCGAGUCAGAGCUUCUUCAAGAUGAGUUUCAAGGCGCCGGCGAUGAAGGCAUCCCAGGCUUCCACCAUCAAGGAAUUGACCAAGAAGCAAACGCAACAGCAACAGCAAUCUCAAUCGCAAUCGCAGUCCUCCCAAUCCCCAUUGCAAUCGCAAUCUUCGGCACCGCAGCAAUCUCAACCACCUCAGCCACCGGAAAUCAAGAAGAAUCCCUUGGGCCUGAGCCCCAUCAACUCGAAGAGUCCCAAGCCCUCGGUUCAACCAAAUAUCCCUGAUCAGCGGGCCAAGUGGCUGGCCAAGGUUUCGCCGGCGAUUCAGAGGAAAGCCAAAAUGGCAGCUGACAAGGGAGCUCCACCUUCGGGUCCGCCAAAAAACCAGUUCAAUCAAGGCAACAGUCCCGCUUUCGGGGAGAGUCCCUCGCCAAGUUUGGCUACUUCACCCAGGAGCCAACCCUCCUGGCAGCAAAACAGUCAAAAGAAACCGGACAGUGAAGAUUCUGGGGCUUUCAAGGGCGCCUCUUCCGAGUCCCAGCGCAAAAACUGGAUGAAUCGCAUGCAGGGAUCGCAGCAAAAGAAGCAGAAUCAGUGGUUAAAGGACAUGCAGGCGAAGAUGCAGGCGGGCAAGGACAUUCAUGCUCAGAAGAUGCAGAAAUUGGGCUCUCAAAAGGCCACGGCUUCAUCUCCACCUGCUCAAGAGGCGACAAAAGCUGCUUCUCCAGUCGAGGAACAACCAGAGGAGAAGAGUCCAGAACACCUGGCUUAUUUGGACGCCAUCAAGCAACUGAACAGCUACCAGGUGCUGGAACCCACUUCGGGAAGAGUCACCACCAAGAGCAGUAGGAAGGAGCCGGAUCCGGUGGUGGAGCAAACCUUGGAGUGUCUGGAGAAGACGGGACUGACGAGGAAGCAACUGAAGGCCAUACCCGUGAUCCAGGUGGCUGGUUCCAAGGGCAGGGGUUCCACUUGUGGCAUAGUGGAGAGCAUUCUGCGAUGCCAUGGGGUGCGGACCGGGAUGCUCUGCUCACCCCAUCUGUUUCUGACCAGCGAAAGGAUCAGGAUCGACGGCGAACCCUUGGGCGAUGUUCAGUUCACGGAACUCUUCUGGAAAAUCAACACCGAGCUGGCCAAUAUGAAGCCCACACCGUCGUACAACAAACUGAUGACGGUGAUGGCCUUUCACGCCUUCCAUCAGUCUGGUGUGGAGGUGGCGAUCCUGGAGGUGGGCAACGGCGGUGCCAGCGAUGCCACCAACAUAGCCACCCACGCCCAGACCAUCGGGAUCACCACCUUGGGCUGGGAGCAGAGCUCGAAUCUGGGCAACUCCCUGCGAGACAUCGCCUGGGCCAAGGCGGCCAUCAUGAAGCCGGAGGCGAAUAUCUACACGAACGUCAGCCAAACGGAGUGCUGUGAGGUUCUGGCCCAGAAGGCCAAGCAGAUUGGUGUGCAGCUCCACCGAGUGCCCACUUUCAACGACUACAUUGAGGGUGACAUGAACAACAAGCUGCUGAUGAACAAGGCCAAUUACUCGAUGAGACUGAACGGAUCGCUGGGCAUUCAGUUGGCAUACGAUUUCCUGAGGAGACACAAGCCGGAAUAUGUGGUGGGCCUGGAUCACAAUUCUACGCUUUUGACUCCGGGUGCGAGUCGUGGGAUCGAGAGCUUCGAACAGCCGGGACAAUUUGAUUUCAUCCGGCACGACAUGUUCAAUGUGUAUCUGGACAGUGCCGAUACCUUCGAGUCGAUGAUGGCCUGUCGGGAUUGGUUCUACACGAGGACUCGAUCCAAUCGCCAGCCGAAGAUCCUGCUCUUCAACAAGGUCAACGAGUUUAAUGCCAAGGAUCUGCUGACCAUCAUACGCAGCAAUCUGCGCUUCGAGGAGGCCUGCUUUGUGCCCAAUCCCAACUACUUUGAGGGCGAGGUCCUGGCCGAGGACGAUGGCAAGGCCAUGGUGUGGCACGGCAUGGAGGAGCUGCAGAGGGCCAAGAGGAAUGCGGGCAAUUGGCGGGCCCUCUGCGAGGAGAAUGGCAAGAAGGACAACUCGCAGCUCUCCAUAUCCAUAAACGCCUUCUUCGAGUACCUGGUCAACAAGUAUGGGAAACAAAAGUACGGAAUGAAAAGCGAACUGGACGUUCUGGUCACCGGUUCUCGGCAAUUAGUGGCUGCCACAAUAUCGUGCCUCCGGAAAAUGAAGGCAUCGAAUCCUUGGCAAUGAAAAUCGGAGACAGCGAAUAUUUCAACAUUUUUUUUUACCUUAAAUUUCGUCGUGAAAGUUUUCGUUUGUUUGUUAUUUUUAGAAAUACAAUUCUCACGUAUGUAUAA